GAAGACGAGGAAAUCAUUCUACCUGUAAAACCUGAAGUUGCAAAACAAGCGCCACCGGCUCAGAUGCCAAAAGUAGCGUGGGACCCAUACGAACCAUCUGUCAGACAGCACUCCUGGAAAGUUUAUCCAGACGGAAAGCCUGAACCCUUAUCCAACGAAUUGAUUACGUCCAUACGCGAUUGGAAGCCACCCCCAGCUAGUGAACUGACCGCUCAAGAGGAUUUACUCGAAAACAAGGAAGCGCACAGAAAGAAGAAAUCCAAAAGAUUAGGUGUUCGAGAUGAAGGAGCGAACAUGAUCAUACAACAAGACGUCAAUGAAGAUUUACCAUUCCGAGCUGAAGCAUUCACAACGGAUAACCAUUAA